CGAAUGCGGCAGCAGCGUCAACCCUCCACCCAUCGAGGAAGCCGAGCGACAUCCAUCAAACUCGCUGCACUCUCCGAGGUACGCUCGCGCGCUCCACAGGCUGCACCCCACCAAACGCUGCGUCCGUCCGCCACCGUCACACCGAGCGGCUCCGGUGCGCGGACUUUCCCCCGUCCCCACCAGCACCGUUGGGAGACAUGCGACGUCUCGGAGGAGGAGGAGGACGAGACGAACCGGCCGGCCAGCAGCAGCAGCAGCAGCAGAAGAAGACACCUGCGAGGAGGAUCUGAGUUUGUUUCGCUAACGACAAAGAAAGGUUAACCACACGCAGACAGACAGACAGCCACAGUCAUCCGCCUGAGCCUCCAGCGAGUCAGCUGCUGGACGAGGGGAGUGGCUCUCUGCUCUGCCGCCUUCAGCUCAACAGUAGUCAUCCGGUGAUCCGGUGAUCCAGCCUCCCAGCCAGUCUUUCCUUCCGCCGUGGAGUCAGCCGCUCGGUAGGUCCGUGGGUGUAGAUGCAGGUCCGCUGCUCUGGACGGCUCGUAUCUCACACUGUGGAAUCAUCUAAGGAGCCACUGAGAGCAGCACAAACUACAUCGUCCAAAAUGUCAUAAGGUGGAAUCCAUGAAGUCAAUGUCAGUAUUCACAUCAGCAUCAGCUGAGGAUGGUACUCAAAUUGCUAAUAACGGCUAAAAAGAACUACAAAAGCAUUCCGAUGGUCAACGCUGCGGAAGUAACAUGAGGUUUCUAACCGGCAUCACUAUGACUGAAGGGGAUUAUGACUACCUUAUCAAGCUCCUCGCCUUGGGGGACUCCGGCGUGGGCAAGACCACCUUCCUGUACCGAUACACAGACAACAAGUUCAACCCCAAGUUCAUCACCACAGUCGGCAUCGACUUCAGGGAAAAGAGAGUGAUGUACACCGCAGCCAACCCCAAUGGGACGACCGUGGGGAAAACCUUCAAGGUUCACCUCCAGCUGUGGGACACAGCUGGACAGGAGAGGUUCCGCAGCCUCACUACUGCGUUCUUCAGGGACGCCAUGGGAUUCCUGCUGAUGUUUGAUCUCACCAGCCAGCAGAGCUUCCUCAAUGUCAGAAACUGGAUGAGUCAGCUGCAGGCCAAUGCCUACUGCGAGAACCCAGAUAUUGUGUUGGUAGGAAACAAGGCCGACCUGGCCGACCAGCGGGAGGUUCAGGAGAAACAGGCCAAGGAGCUGGCUGACAAAUACGGGAUCCCGUACUUUGAGACGAGUGCAGCGACGGGUACCGAGGUGGACAAGGCGGUGAUAACCCUGUUGGACCUGGUCAUGAAGAGGAUGGAGCAGUGCGUCGACAAACCGCCCGCCGAGCCCUCCAACGGGAACGGGGCCACAAAGCUCGCCGAGGCGCAGCCCAACGAGAAGAAAUGCGCAUGCUAGACGGAGAGUGGAACGACCAGUCAGCGCUUCAGUCGUCCGUCUUUUCUACUCGCCACAUUCCCCGCUUCUUUUACCUCCUCCUCCGCCGUCCUCUUUGAUUGCAUGUUUCUUUAUCUUCUCCUGUCCAAUCCCAUCUCUAAGAUACUACUUUGAACCAUCUCAUGGUCCACUUUUCUUCCUCGUCCAAGCUGUGUUCGUCGUUUUCUCUCCUCCCACGCGCUCUGCCACAGGGCAUUGAAGCAGGUUGGUCUCCCUCUGGUGGAUGUUGGAGGUAACACAGCCUGAGCCUGUUUUCCGUUGAGGACUGUUCAGGAGGAAAUUAAAACCCGAGGGGACAGUUUCAUCGCUGUCGGACACGUAAUGUGCCUUGGCUGUCUGAUCUGUGGCGUAAAGAGCUUAACGUCUGGCUGUGUAAAGGAGCCCGAGUCACGGUCCUCUCUCAAACGUUUCCUCCUGGAUCAGAGCGAGCAGCUGUGCGACCAGCAAGUUUAGUUUUUUUUGUCUACUUUGUCUAGUUGGGUAUAAUCACUUUUCAGUGCUCCAAGCAGUGUUUUUUUGGCUGGUCUGUUUCCUAAAAAAUGCACUAAAUAGCGUUUCGAUGUGAUAGGCUGUCAUGGUGGAGGUCUUUGACUCGUGAGAGAGAGGUGCUGCUGUUCAUAAAUGAUUGCUGGUUUUGUCUGCUAAACUAACGCCGGCGCUUUAGCUUCUACGGUCAAGUUUACCGUGAUGUAGAACCUAAUCCCCAACGAGCUGUGCAGGUAAAAAGCACGCCAAUACUAAACCUCAUGUUAAACUUUAGUUGCAGUAAAUAAAAAAGACGCUCCCUAAACUGAGCAGAGGCGGUUAAAUGGCCACUUCGGAGUAUUCUGUAACCAGACUGGCCCCCCGUUAGUGAUUAUCAUGUCACCGUAUAUUCAUUUUAAACAAUGUUACUAUUUUGGAAUUGACAAUUAAUGUUGACACUCCUUUUGGAAUAAAACCUAGGAAUACAUGUUGCUUGGACAGGCCCAGCUAACAAACUAGCUCAAGGCUAUUGGUGCCUGGCAGUGUUGGAAGUGCACACAUGUGCUAUAUCGCUAUGUUACCAAAAGCAGCUGAUGAUUGAUUGUUUCAGAGUAAAAAAAGACUUUGCAUUUUUUUUGGUAACUUUUAAGAAUUCAAAUUGAGAAAAGUAUAUCACAAUGUUGUUUUCUAUCAUUCUCGCCGGAACAGCAGCACCCCUGCAUGCAGAGAUGGCUCAUGCUAUCUCCUUUGUGGCUGUUUUUGCUCCCUGUCAGCAGCCACGUUGAUCUUUGCUGCAGCACAGCUGUCUCUGCGUUGUGUUUUCCUGAUGGUGCCGGACGUGGCUGAUUAUGUACCAUUCAUAUGUAGGACUAAUAUGGGUACAGCAUGGGACAUGUGAGUCUACAGUCAGCAGGAUAUAGUGUCAAACGGAUCUACUGCCUUGGCUUCUAAAGUGUCCACAUACAUAAUGUCUGUAUGUGAUAAAUUGGCAAACUGGGAAAGCAAUGGGGAUUCAACGUUAAAGACUAAACAAAUAUACUGGCUAUUUACAAAUCAAAUGCAUAUUUUGUGUAAUCUAACAUAAAGGUAUUGAAUAAAAAGUUAAUUGAAGUGGAGACGAGGAUUCCAUUAUCUCAGCAGCAAUGUGCCAGUCAUGUGACGUCAGCCUCCCGAUCAGCUGAUUUUCCCCUAAUGACCCCUCACCCCCUAACAGAUAAUGAGAAUUAUCACUUCAUACAUGACCAAUGUUGUAAGAAUAUAAAGUGACCAACUAUUUAUAUGUAUUAAAUAUAAAACAUAGAUUAUUAUUUCUGUUGCCAUUUGUUUAUAUCCUUCACGUCACACCAGGAGGAAAUCUCGACUGCAUUUCUACUUGUAGUUUGUUUCGUCAUCGCUUUAAUGCUCUCGAGCUCGGUUGUCUUGUUAACCCCAAAACCACCAAUUUAUCAACAAAAUCGGCCACUAACAUGAAGAAAAUAGACCCUUAAACCCUUAAAGAAGUACAGUAGAAGUUGUUUAAUGCUUUUUGGGCGUAACAAUGGAAGUUAUCGCGGACCAAUCCUCUGUGUGUGGUUGGUAAACACUUUGUCGUUGCAUAACAAACUAUAUAACUGCAGCUGUGCUGGUAACCUAUAUAAAUUAUGUCAUGUCUUUACUCCGUAACUUCCUUCGAGUUCCUGUCCAGAGGCUGCAUGCUUGUGCGUUGCAAAAAAACCUUUAACAGUCAAAACAUGGUCUAAGAUGAUCUCUUUGUCUUUAAGCGCAACUCCACAGAAUUCAUCUUAUCAAGUAACAACUUGAUCUGCCUUACUUCAUCAAAAUGUUGAACAGUUUUAAUUGCGCCAAAAAAAGAACAUUGCGCUUGCCGCCUUGCAGCUGGAUCCUAUUUUCCUCCAGUGAGCUGAUUAUUAGAGUAUUAUACAGAAACCAGAGUGCCAGGUGGGUCGAAAGUAACGUUAAGGAACAUUUGAGUGGGCUUACUAAUGUUAAACACUGCUGUGGUCAUUUUAAAGAUUAUAAAUAGUUACAUUUCAAUAUUUGAUUAAGUCCUUUUUAUCAGUAAUAUUUUACUAUUUACUUGAUUGAUCCAUAAAAUAAAUCUUUGGUUUACCAGCGUGCCAAAUUUGGAAGUAUCACAAGAUCUGAACCCCGUUACGUUGUUCACUCAGAGGAAAAACUGCCUCUUCAAAUGGAAAAGGAGUCGACGUGUUUUCCCUCUGAAACAGUCGCUCAGUGACGUUUCUGAAAACUCGCUGCUCUUUGAUUGCAGUUUCUCGAAAUAUAAACGUGCCGUCUAGAAAGACAAAAGGAACCGGCUUGCAUUGUAACGUUCACUCCCAAACUACAGCGGAUGUGAAGUUCCCAGGAACUUCUGUGUAUCGUGCGUCUUUUGCGUUGCUUUGGUUACCAACUUGCUCUUAAGUCUCGUCUUUGUAAAGCACAGGUUGCAUAUUUCUGAACACUCACAGAAACAACGUGGCGAGAUCCUCUUUGCUUCCUUUAUAGUUUCCACUUUUUUUUCUUUUGCUCAAACUUUCAUUAACGAGACAAGUGGUCAAAGCGGAAUUACAUUUUUUUUUUUUUUUUACUUUGGCCCAAUGGAAUUGUUGAACGUUUAGUUUGUUUCUAAAUGAAUCUUAUUCCGAUGUUCACACUCUUUUUAACUUUGUUUUUGUCUUCGCCGUGUCCAGAGAAUAACCUGUUUUUAUUUGCUUAAUGUUUCAGUCAUGUCUCAAGCAAGACUUGAUGGGAUGAUGAUUUCCUUUAAUGGUUCUCAAAGUUGCUGGAAGGGCGACUGUGACUGAACCGCACACUAAAUCUGCCAGGAAACCAAAACAGUGAGUUAGGAGGUCUUUGUAUAAUGAGACUAUGAGGGCCACAUUUCAUCUUAUGAAACCAGUUGUUAGUACAAAAAUGUGAUUAGUGCAGUCUUUAACCCUUACUUAGUGUUGAUUACCAGUAGGUUGUCAUCUUUACUGUUUUUUAAAAAAAGUGACCAAGUUUUUGGUAAAAAUACGGUUAAACAGUUUAAAUGACUCAAUAGAACACUUGCAGUCUCAUGUAUCCGUAUGACUGGCAACUAAUUAAUUAGUUUAAAUGCAAUUACAAAUGAAAAAAUAUGAAACACUAAAAUUAUUCUUUGAGAUCCACCAGAAACUUCCCUCCAAAUUCCCGGCGCUCGUCACCUCCUAGAUGGACGUUCCAUUAUUGUGACAAACUGAUCCAAGCCUUUAUGUCCCCUCCAUUCAGUAUUGAGCUGUGCCACUGGUUUAUACUGGUAUAUACAGUUGUGGUCUCAAGUUUAAGCUUGUAAAGAACAUGUCAUGGCUCUCUAGAGUUUCCAGUUAUUUCUACAACUCUGAUAAAGAAGUAACUGGAAACUCUAGAGAGCCAUGACAUCAUUUGGUCAAAAGUUUACGCUUGUAAAGAACUGUACGCCACUGGUACGCCUGACGUUAUGUACUGGUAUAUUUUACCUUCAUUUUCACUGUAAAUCAUGUUUUUCCAUUGAGCAUCUCUUCCAUAAGUUUUAGGCGUUUUUGAAUUCACUUUGAAGGUUUACAGUCACGUUGUACCUGCCAUUAACUUCUCUGAUCUCCUAAAUAUUCAUGCAUUCUAAACAACGGUAAGAGACCAGACGUGAUGUUGUGCUCCAUAUAUCAAAACAACUAAUCAAUCCAAGUACCUCGAAGAGAUUUUAUUUUUGGAAAUCCUGUGUGUGAAUUCUCACUGAUGCCUGCAGUUUAUACACGUUUCUUCAGUUUUAACUGUUGUCUAUCGAUGCCGGUGUGUGUAUGUGUGUGUUUGUUGCAACAUCAGCAUGUUUGGCACAAAAUACGAAUGAAAUUACCUGUGAUGCGAUUAAUGUUUCCGAUGUCAGAGCUGCAAAUAAAUCUGUUUUUAUCCUG